AUGCGCAUUCCAUUCAUCCUCACACUCGCAGCCGCUGCCAGUGCCAGUCUUCUCGACAGCCUGAGCCUUGGCGGAGGAGUGAGUGAAGGGAACUACAUAAUGAGUUUCAAAGAAGACACCGACCAAAAUGCCCACUAUAGCAUGCUCGAGGGGCUACUCGGAGAGCACAGCACCAUCAACCACAAGUACGAUGGUUUUUUCAACGGCUACGCCCUGUCUAUGGGAAGUGGGCUGCUCGGCAACCUAUUCGACACCCUCCUCGCAGACAUAGCCGACAUGGAGGAGGAUGUGCCAGUUGAAGCGUACGCGACGCAGAGCGAUGCGACGUGGAAUCUGCAGCGGGUAAACCAGCGCAAUGCACUGCCAGCGGAUGCGUCGCCCCAUGCGCAAGACUACACAUACAGCUGGACUGGCGCGGGAGCUGGAGUGGAUGUGUAUGUGAUCGACACAGGCAUCCGUACAUCGCACACCGAAUUCGGCGGCCGCGCAUCUUAUGGCUACAACGGCACAUCAGGCGAUGGCACGGACCAGGUGCACCACGGUACGCACGUCGCCGCCCUCAUCGGCGGUGCCACCUACGGGACGGCGAAAGAAGCGUCGCUGAUCAGCGUCAAGGUUCUCAACGCUGAUGGGCAAGGCAAGGCGAGUGAUGUACUCGCUGGUGUUAAUUGGGCGGCAAAUGCUGCUAAGAACUCUGACAGACCUAGCAUUGCUUCUCUCAGUCUUGGAGGCCCUGCGAGCAAUGCUAUGGAUAGCAUCGUAAGCAGCGCUACUGCCGCCGGAGUUCAUUUCGUAGUUGCUUCUGGUAAUUAUAAUGAAGACGCUUGCGCUUCGUCGCCAGCCAGAGUCAGCUCCGCUAUCACGGUGGCAGCGUCCAAUAUCGACGACACUCGUGCUCCGUUCUCGAGCUAUGGGGAUUGCGUCGGUCUUUACGCUCCUGGUGUCGAUAUUCUGUCGGCGGGUAACGCAGACGAUCAGGCUACCCUCUACCUCAGCGGUAGUAGCAUGUCGGCACCUAUCGUGAGCGGGUUGCUCGCUACCCUUAUUAGCAACGAAGGCGAUAUGGAUGCAGGGAGUCUUCAGUCUCGCCUGCUCGCGCUCGCCACGGACGAUAUCGUCGCCAAUUCUAACCCAACCGAUCCUAACGCGGGGAACGCUACAAUGGCGUAUUACAAUCCAACGCAGUAG